AUGCACCGUCGGCAGUACGAGGGCACGUUCGCCGAGUACCUGGAGAUGCUCACCCAGCUCGGGCACGUGUACGAGGGCACGUUCGCCGAGUACCUGGAGAUGCUCACCCAGCUCGGGCACGUGGUGCUGUUCUCCGCCGCGUUUCCGCUGGCGGCGCUGUGCUCGCUGCUGAAUAACGCCGCGGAGGUGCGCGCGGACGCGUUCAAGCUGUGCCACGUGGCGCAGCGGCCGUUCGGCGAGCGCGUCAGCAGCGUGGGCAGCUGGCAGCAUGCAAUGGAAGCCAUGGUGGCGGUCGCCGUACUUGUGAAUUGUGCCCUCAUCGGCCUUUCUGGUCCCGUGCACAGACUUCUACCAGACGCCACGCCGGCUCAGACGAUAUUAGUCAUAGUCGCAUUGGAGCACGUCGUGCUGGUGAUUGUGUUCGCGCUUCGGAUCGCCAUACCGGAGAUCCCGGGAUGGCUGGCAACCGAGAUGGCCAAGGUCGAGUUCCAGAGGAGGGAGGCCAUCAAGAACGCACACGCGCCCCUUCUGUCGGAGUGCGUCAGCCAGGAGGACGUGCGCGCGUCGUCCCGCAGCAGCCCGCGCGUCAUCACGCCAACGACGCCGAAGCAGGCGGACAAGCCGAAGAGGGUCUUCAUCGGGAAGAUACCGGAGAUACCGCCCUUCAGACCGAAAGCCGCGUCCAUAACAGAGCCCGCAGUAACGACCGGCUCACUGCAAUUGCUGCAAGACGUCAGCCCAACGAAACCGGUCAGACGUAAGGAAGGUGCUGCGGGGGCGCCACUGUCGUUUUUAGGGGUCCGUGGAUUAAGGGACGAGCCGUUACAUCGUUCGGCGCACUGCAUACCUCACCCAACGCAGCACAGACCUCUUGUCAAUCCAACAUUACAGGAAUUGUCGGGUAGCGUCAGCGCCGGUGGCUCCGAGCCGGAUUUGAACGCAGUGCCCUCCGCCGCGCCCUCUAUCGAUGCGAGCGCAACCUCAAGCGAGGACGACAAGCCCAAAGAUAAAAGCAGCCGUUCGCGCGCCAAAGCGGCGCUGGUGAAGCGCGUGCGCUCCGUGGCGGUGUUCUCGCUGGGGCUGCGCAGGGCGCGCGAGGCGGCCGCCGCCGGCGAGAAGGCCCACUCGCCGCACUCGCCGGGUCCACCGGCGCCGAUGCAUGGUGGAGAACUCUCCUUAAUACCGAUAGAGCAGCUGAUACAAGUAGAUGACGUCAAACCGCGCCCCGUCACG